UCGUUGGAAAACACUCGACGGAAUCUGUGGUCCACUCUUUUUCAAUUACCUUUCUUUCGAGAUUAUCGCAAUCCAGACGAAAGUAGUUGCUGCUAGUGCAAAAGAAGAAGCAAAGGGUGCAAGCAGCUUAGCAGAUUCCAUUCGCGAUUGAACUUGAUCCUUUCUGUGUGUUCUACUCCCCGCAACUCGGUCACGGCCUACUGCUGGAUUGUGCAAGCCGUUGCGAUUGCAAAAGAGGACAGAGGCAGCAGCAGGGAGGAAUCGCGGGACUCGUUCGUCAUCCGCCAAACGACGGGCGAUGUGAUUGUCCUCAUCCCGCAGGACAGGCCUACUCGUGAAUCGCAGAGCACGCACCGCCGGUGGGUGGACGGAUCGGGGCCAUUACGUGGCGACGCUGGGCAACCGAGCAGCAAAGGCAGAGACCGCUGUGAAAGGGUUCCGGUCGUUCUCGUACUCUCGUAGACUAGCCGUGGCAAGAUGUCGGUCACGUUCGAGCAGAUCAUACUGGACGCGAAGCGGAUCGCGAACCGGUUGAAGGAUCGUGAGGCACUCGGCGAUGCGCUACUGCUGGAGUCGGAAUCGGUGAACAAGCAGAUUGAAUCGAUGCGCCAGUUCCAGGACGAUAUCGACAUCCUUAAUCGGUUGGCACGCGAGCGCUCCAACAACCAGCUGAUCACGAUCAUACACCAGGAGAACCCGCAGAUACGCGAGAUCCAGCAGGAGAAUCGGCUGCUGAAGGCGGCCCUCGAGGAUCAUCAGCAUGCGCUCGAGCACAUCAUGUCCAAGUACCGGGAGCACACGCAGGCCAAGAUCCUCAACACGAAGGUCAACUUUGUCGAGGCGUACAGCCGGCACCACCAGGCGGCCGAUAUCGAGCGGCGGGACCAGCUGAUACGUCAGCAGACAGCGAAAAUUCAGGAGAUGGCCGCGGUCAUGCAGCGAGCCUCCCAGCUUGACGAGGAGAAGCUGAACCACGAGCAGGAGGUGCUCAGCCGGCUCGUGACGGAGAAUAAGGGUUUGCGGGAGCUGCUGGAAAUAUCGCGCAAGUACGGCUCCGGUGGGCAGAAGAUGCUAGUGGAUGAAAAGUCCACACAAACGGAAGCUUGCCUACUGGAAGAGUUAAUAGAGGCAGCGAUAAAGGAACGAGCUACAGCGACCACCAGCAGCAGCAGCAGCAGCAGCAGCAAAGCCACAGAGAAACCAACCACGGACAUGACACCGGCGGAUGCGAAAGUUCCCGCUACCGAGCAACAUUCAUCCGCAUCGGUGGUCAGCGAGGGAGCGCCGACCACGGUCACUACCAGUACCAGCUCCAGCACCAACACAGGCACCAUAAAGGCAAUGCCAUCGGUCGUCAAUAGCACGGCGGAACCAACGACUGCCAGCACCAUCGCUGCGGCCGCCACUGUUGCUACUACGGCGAUCACAGUAGCCGGGACGGUUCCGGCCACCACCACCACUUCCAGCUCGUGACGCGAUUCGGGCGAAUGUCAGACAUCGGUUCUGUUCUGCUGCCAAUCGGCCAUCCUGUAAGUGGGAGUACGUGAUCGCAUCAAGCAUCGCUCGCCAAAGUAGCCGCCACCCUGUCACUCUCUGUCUCUGCGUCUCUUCAGCAUCAUGAGCACCGUCGUCAUCAUCAUCAUCAUUGUCUCACUCCUCACUGCUCACUCCUUACACUCUAGUUUCACAGUAAUGCGCGCCAGAUAACAUCGAUCGACUGUCAGACUUCGGACAAGCGCCACACGCAAUUAGCAUACACGAUUUGUGUUUUGCAUGUUUGACCCCCUCGGACCCUCGGAUCCUCGCACCAUCUAAAUGGCCACGGCCUAACAACGAACGAGACGGGCAAGACGGAUAUCGCAGGAUCUUAGCAUCGUUCCCUGUUUCUUUCACCCACAGGGGACAACUGUCACGAGCGCAAUCUGUCGAAUAAAUUUGUUAUUUUCUCAGUUUUGUUUAAGAAUCGAUCUGAA